AUGGGCGUCAAGAGAGUCAAGUUUGCGCGCUUGCUCACCCAGGUUGCGGCACUUUCUCACGUUAUGAAGAGCAUCGAGGUCUAUUCAAUGAGCCCAGUGGAAGCCGUAAUGGAGGCAGCAAAUACAAGUGAUUUACCGUGGUUUCGAGUUCUACUGAGCGAAUACGGAAGUAAGGUCUGUGGUAGAGCCAUGAUUACUGCGGCCAGAAAUGGCUACGUUGAAGCGGUCAGGAUUCUAUCACUGGAAAUUAUUGGCGCAGAGACCUGGGAACUGAUACCAUCAAAUUGGCGAGUUUUACGAGCGAAGCUGAAGCAGCCGGUGCUAAUGAUCAUUUGGAGACCCAGUUUAGCAUGGAAAGUGGUUGAAGAGGCAGCAGCCAACGGGCAUCUAAGUGUCGUGGUAUUUGCUGCCGAGUAUGCACACCCGAUAUCUUACGAACGAGUCUACAACGUCGGGUCGGCGUUAUCACUUGCGACAAUAGGUGCCAUAUUGAAGUCGUGCAGUUUCUAUUUGGUAUUGUUGGGAUCACGACGAGGCAACUUGAAAGUGAUCAAGUACCUUUUCAACAAAGGUCACAAGAACCCAUGCUUGCUAGAUGACGCAUUUGUCAGCGCAGCGAUCCACGGACACACCGACAUUGUGGCGUAUUUGUUGGGCAGUGAGCUGAUUUCAUCGAAGAAAUUUGAUUCGGCGUUUGUCGACGCGGCUGGAUCCGGUGUUGCAGCAACCUUUGCGGUGGCGUUCAAGAAGCUCGCGCGUUGCGGACGAGAUUGUGCUCCUCAAAACGGCCAGCUCGAGCUACUUGAGCUUAUGUACAAGAACACGGAAGUUCCUGCUCAAAUAAUUAAUUCCGUGGUCGAGAGAGUCACAGCAGCUUCGGAUACAGAAGUUUCGGUGGACACUCGCGCGCGAAUUGUUCAAUUGUUGGGCAAUGAUUGCCGACUGGUACCUGACGUUCGGAACAAAGCUUUAGACUGGGUCACUGACAAGGGGUGUAUCAGCAUCUUGCGGGCUUGGUCCAAGGAAAGGCAGAUGCUAUCUGAAGAAGCGUGUAGAGGGCUCUUGAGAGCUGCUUCGGCUGGUCAUUUGGACAUUGUGAAGUUCGUACUUGGCCGGCCCGGCAUAAGUACGACUGUUCUCCGAGAAGCUACCAUUGCUGGCGCUCGCAAUAACCAUAAUGGUGUUACCCUGCGGCUGUGCAAGCACCAACAGUGGCCGCUUGACGUACUCCAAGGCGCGCUGAACGUUACUCGCAACAAGAGGCUCAAAAAAUUCCUGCACGCGAGACUUCUAAUUCUCGAGGAAGCGUCUGCUAAUGGGGUGAGAUGUGCUGCAGAGUAUACACGAGAGAUUGCUUUCAAGCCAGCUCACAAAGUUUGCGAGGCGGUGCCCCCCGCGAUAAUAGGCGGUUGCUAUGAGGUCGUGGAGUUUCUGCUCGAAACCCGGAGAUACAAUUGGGAUUAUGCUGAAGCGCUCGAGGUAGCGGUGGAUGCUCGGCGGGAUGCAAUAGCAGAGCUGAUCUUUGCCCAGUCAAUGCAACUCAAAGAUACAAAUUUGUUACGGUUUUUUUCUGAGAGCGGCAACUUGAAAGUUAUCCAGUAUCUGUGUAGGACGGGUCAAAGUGACUUUCAGUUAGUGACCGAUGCAAUUGUACACACAGCACGUCCUUAUCACACUGAUAUUGUGGUGUUUCUGCUGAAUAGUGGUCAGAAUUCUUUAAUCAUUCGAUUUAGCGUUUGGGGACGCGGCCAAGUAUGGUCUUGUAACGACCUGGAGAUUUCUUUACGAUCAAGCACGGGUGUCACGAGCAUCACUUGUUUAGGGCAGCGGUACAAUUCUCAAGCUGAUGUAAAUGAACGCUCUCUUUCGGCAGGAUCGGUAGCGGAAGCGUCUUUAAAUCUUGCUCGUAGCAACAAGGUGGCUGGGCAGUACAGAUUUCCUGAUAAAGCACAGCUGUAG